AUGGUGGUAGUGCUCCCAGGCGACGUGAUCGCCAAUGCAGCGCAUGCAAGCGAUCAAAUCAAACUAGGACCUGGUGUGCUUCCAACGCCUGAUGUGCCAGAUACACCAGCGUCGCUUACAUCUAUCCAUACCGGUGCACUGGGACAUGUGGUCACGAAGCAACGCCGGCGCGAAUCGCGCCCAGCGACUAUGCACGGGUGGUAUGUCGAGUCGGCGCAGCGCAGAUAUGUGCCGAGUGUUGGUGAUCGUGUCAUUGCGCAGGUUACGAAUCGUGGCAUGGAGUCUUACACGCUGACGUUGUUCUCGGCGCAUCCAAGCACGUUGCCUGUGCUGGCAUUUGAAGGAGCAACGCGGCGGAAUCGACCGAAUCUACAGAUUGGUGCGCUUGUAUAUGCGCGCGUGGUGAAUGCAGAGCCAUGGAGUGAGCCGGAGCUGAGCUGUAUCGAUCCUAUUCACAACAAGGCAGAUGGGAUGGGCGAGCUGAAAGCGACGGAGCCGGAUGUCGCAAUGGUGUGGCAGGUAAGCCUGUCAUUAGCACAAAGUAUGCUUAGGCCGCAACACACGCUUCUCCUGAACGUAUCGAAGCACUUUGCAUUCGAAGCGGCGAUCGGGAAGAAUGGCCUUGUAUGGGUGCGUACGGCACAAGCAGAACAUGCCAUAGCACUGGGCCGGGUCCUUGCUGCGGCCGACAAGUCGUGUCAGACACAUGCGCUCGCCAGCAGUGGUCGUGGACAGGGCAACGGAGGCCAUGCACGAGACACUGGGGAGCACAACGACGACAUGGACGUGGACAACGACAAUGACGACAGCGACAACGACAAAGCGAACGAGCACGACGAACGUGCUAAGGAAGAAGAGACGCCCAAGACGCUCCACCAACGAAUCCGAGCGAGAGGUGAGCUGCGGAAGGAGGAUAUUGCCGAACUAGUACGGACGUGA